AUAUUUUUAUCUCUAUAAUGCCAUAAUCCUGCUUGUCAUUAUAACACAUACAUUUUCAUCUCGCCUCAUCCUAGAUAAAUAGUUAAUAAUAUAAUUUAUAAGACCUUGACCGUGGUCCAGUGGCUGCCGCGACUGCCAACAAAAUAUCUCUGGCUAGUGAUUGGAUUUUAGGCUAGGGCAGUCGGCGCUCAGCUCUUCAAGUUCAUCCUUACUUCUGCUUGGGCGAUAAAUAGGUACCUAGGGAAACUUUGGUGGUUUAAAUCAUGGAUACCAGGAUCACUUAGUAUACCCAGUGUCUCAGUAUUCGGGCUAUCGUCCACAACAGCCUCAAACAAAGGCCAAUGAGACAGAAACGAGAGGUGAAGCUAGGGACAUUUUUUGCGCGUGGUCAACGUUAUUUUAAACAUAACAUUAUUUACUUGCUAGGAUUUAGACCAGCAUCACCAUCAUCGUCAUCAUCUUCGUUACUAAUGUUAUAUUCUACAAAUUAAAGGAUUCUCAUCGUGGAAAACAUGGAUAUGUUCUACGACAACUUCAGGCUGUCUAUAUCUGAGGUGCUGAAAACAAUAGCCGCCAGGAUGGAGAUUGUUCCGAACUAUAUGAAUGGGAUGACACGUUUGCUUACUGAGAACGCAGCCUAUCUCUAUGAACGAUUAUUCUUGGAAGUGAAGAUCGCUCAGGAUUUCACGGACAGUGAACAAGCAACGCCUCUCUACGUUACUCAAGACAGUCUUUUAGCGGAUUUUACAGCAUUUGUGUUGAUCCGAGAUGCUCCAUUCAAGCCAAACUUUGACAACUGCCUACUCAUGUUUCAUGGGGCUGGAUUGAUAGGGAAGUGGGGAUCGGACGUGAUGGAUGAAAUUCGCAGUGAAAGCAGGAAGAAACAGAGAAAAGAAAAGUCUGUUGAAGUAAAGAAGAUUGAAGGAAAAGUCAAGCCUCUCACUUUCGUGCAUUUGCAGGGCCCUCUCCUUCUUUACCUGGUAUUCGUCAUCGUCUCCUUUGCUGCCUUCCUCAGUGAGACAUCUAUUGGCGUCUGUCUUCACCAACUAAGAAAAAAUGUAUAAUACUCCUUUAUCUGUAUCGCAGCUUUCCAACAUCCACCCUCGGAACG